CGCAGACUAUUGCGUUACACAAUAUGGCGGACGAAGGCAACGAAAUGAGCGCCAGCUGUUCCAACACAUUUAUCCUUGGAAUCGACAUUGGUACAACCUCGAUCAAAGCGAGCUUAUUGAGUCAUAACAUUAGAGAAGUUAUUGAGAGCGUUAGAAGGGAAACAAAUGCAAAUAUUUCAGACAAGAACACGUCAUUUGUAGAACAAGAUGUCAGAAAAAUCCUGUCUGUUUUACAAGAUGCUCUUGGUCAACUGUCACCACAGCUCCUUGCCAGAGUAAACAGAAUUGGGAUAUGCGGACAAAUGCAUGGCUGCGUUUUGUGGAAACGAGGAUAUUGCAUGGCCAAGUCUUGGGAUACUAGCAAAAACAAUGUUUCUAAUCUUAUAACUUGGGAAGACAGAAGAUGUACUAAUGAAUUUUUGGCUACGCUUCCCCUUACUCAGACAGACGUCGCUAUUUCUACGGGCUUUGGAUGUGCUAGUCUUUUCUGGCUGCAAAGAAACUAUCCAAGUCUUCUAGAACGUUAUGACUGUGCAGGAACGAUCAUGGAUUUCAUUGUGUGUUUGUUGUGUCAAUUGGAAGAGCCUUGUAUGUCUUCUCAGAAUGCUGUCAGCUGGGGUUAUUUUGAUGUUGAGAACAUGAAGUGGGAGUUGGACCUGUAAGUCUUACUAGGACUAAAAUAAUAACCAUUUCAGGCUGUGUAAUACUUUAUAAUAUAGUUAAACCUCACCACUCCCAAGUACCAAGAUUUGAUUGGCCCCAACCAACCAGAGAGAACCCUUUGAACAUGGUUGGGUGUGCCCCUAUGAGAGGUAUAGAUUGGUAAAUUCGAAACUUUGCAAGCCUGUGAUUUGAGACCCUGGUUUCAAAAUUCGAGACCAAGACUUCAGCGUUUUUAUCACUUCUGAGCCCGAGACUAUACUUCUAAAAAUUCCGCCUGAAGACUCUAAGCGCAGAAAAUUUCAAGUUUACAGUACAACUAAAACUAAAUAAAAUGACCAAAAGCUAGCAGAAGCCCACCAGUAUACUGCUUUGUCUCAUUUCACUGUCUUAAUCUACAAGUUCAUAUCGAUAAGCUAUAUGGCAUUCCAUGAACUCUGGAAAAUUAAAUUCCUGAAGGAAGAACAAACAGAAAGAAAAAACGACAAAUCAACAACUCUGAGACCCGUCGGGAAAAAAAUUUGAGACUCCAAGAUGCAAAAAAAUCACCUGAAAACAAGACUUUGAGACCUAUCAAAAAUACUCCUGAGAUUUUAAGAUCAAGCCAAAAUUUUCUGAGACCAACAUUUUUUUGACAUACCGUUCUAUACCCCUUUGGAGGUUGUCUUUCAUAAGGGGUUUAAACUUUGGGGGGUGGGGGGAGGGGACUUUUGGGAGGUUUGUGUUGAGGUUUGCCACCAAAGACAUAAACCAUGUUUCUUGCUACAGACUUGCCAACCCCAAAGGAAAAUCUGGAAGUCUUACAAAAAGUUGUGAGAUUCUUCUUUUAUUGAUAGAAACUCCAGAUGACCGCAACUCUAACUCCAGAUAUUUUUCAUAACUUCCCACCCCACCCAUUCUAAUUGUGUAGAUACCAUAUUUAUUCGAAUAAGCGUCUAACCUCGAAUUAGCGCCCACCUCAAAUAAGCGCCCAUCCUAGAGAGAGAAAAAGUUAAUAAGCGCCCAGCCUCGAGUAAGCGCCCACCCCUCCCCUUUCCACUCAAACUCAAGUAAGCGACCACAACCAAAACCCACUCCCCUUCCCCCUCACAGCCCCGCAAAAAAACUGAAUAACUACUAAUUAGAGACUUCCCGAAGACAGAGUUUUGUUCAGAGUAUUUUACAGAAACCUUGCUUUGUUACAUCUUCGCGUUUUGUUAUUACCAUUUGUUGUUUUGUUGCGAAAUAAACAUACUACACUUGCUGAAAAUGAUGAAAAUGUAAUAAGCGCCCAGCCUCGAAUAAGCACCCACUCUCAAGGUCCAAAAAUUUAAUAAGCGCCCAGGGCGGUUAAUUGAAUAAAUACGGUAAUAACCUAUAAUCAAGCUGUCAUUUUGUACUGUCUAACAGCUUGAAGAGUGCAAACUUCCCCACCCAUCUCCUGCCUGUAGUAGCUGAAUCAUCAGCUGUAGCUGGUAAACUUCAACAGCCAUUGUUUGGCAUUCCUUCUGGAAUUUCAGUCGGGGUGGCUCUGGGAGACUUUCAAUGUGCAGUGCUUUCCACAAUUUCUUCAGAAACUGAUGCAGGUACACUGAUGAAAUUUCAGUCAGACAUUUCUAUAAUUCAGCUGAAUUUCCCAUUUGUCCAUCAAUAUUGCACUUCUUUGUUUUCUCUUAUGAUACUUAGCUUACAUUGACCUUUCAGUUCUGAAUGUCAGCACUUCUAGUCAACUAGCAGUGGUUGUACCUGAUGACAAAGGCAAUAUUUUCACUGGUGAACUGCCGAGUAAGGCUGUGAAAUGCCUUCCAUUCUUUCAAGGAAAGAAGGUCAUGACUGCAGCAUCACUAUCAGGUUGUUUAUCUGUUGAAUUUUUGUUUGCAAAUUUGCCAAAUUUGGAGUGUUAUAACCAUAGGACAGACACAAGCUAAAGAGAACUUACUAUUUACAUCAGAAAAACGAAAAUUUGUCAAAAUGCAAGUGUUAUAACCAUAUGUGCAUGGGACACAAGGGGAGCCUAUUUACGUGAGGAAACUGAAAAUUCCCCUUCAUCCUAAGAACAAAUUAUUUAGAGUUAAUUUGUCACUUAAUGGAAAUUAGUGGAGGACAUCCCAAGGUGUUUUCAUUUAAAUGAAACCCCUUUUACAUGACUUUUGCAUGGUGCAAAUUUAUUUCUUUGGAUGUAAGAAUUUAAUGAAUUCUUUACAUAUACUUGGACACUAUUACAUGUAGGACUGAAAAGGUCUAAUACAUUACUAUAAGUCCAUGAAAAGUGGAAGGUAAAAGAGUUUUGUUUAUUCCAAGGUGGUAAUGUUUUGGCUACAUAUGUUCAAAUGUUAACAUCAUGGAUAAGGGAUCUUGGUUUGAAUGAUCACCUUCCAGCCACUGAUGAAAUUUAUCAGAGGAUUCUUGAUUGUGCUGAGAAGAAGAGUUCAUCAUCUCUGAAAAUUACUGCAACACUAUGGGGUGAGCGACACAUGCCAGAUAGGAGGGCUGAAGUAAGCAAUCUCUCAUCAGACAAUAUUUCACUGGGUGAUGUGGGACUCUCACUUUGUCGUGGACUUGUGGAAAAUUUACAUGAAAUGAUGCCCAAAAAAGUCCUUCACCUGCACGGCGUGCAAAGGAUUGUAGGCACUGGAAGUGCUUUAAUAAGAAAUCAGGUUCUUCAAAAACAAGUUGAACAGGUUUUUGGGUUGCCUCUUGUGAUGAGCAACAACUCAGAAGGGUCAGUUGGUGCUGCAUUGGCUGCUAUUUUAGAAUACACUUAAUACAAGAUGCACUUUGCAGAGAGCAUAAUUAUUACUAUUAAAGGGGUAAAAGAAACUACUGAACAAUGCAGGAAACCACCCUUAAGUGUUCAUUUUAGAAGUAUUUGCAAGAAGUUGACGGCGCAAUAAAGCUUGUGGGAACAAUUCAUUAAAUGAGCUUCACAUUCUGAGAGGCUGCUCCUUAAAUGUUCUACUCACUGGAAAAGGAUUUAAUGGAGCCAAAACUAAUAAUAAUGGAAUUGCCCUGCUAGGGGUCCUAGUGAUGAACAAUAUUAUUUAUAAAAUAUAUCAUUGCGGGAGCAACUAGCGGUUACUAGUCUUGUCUCCUUAGAUUAUUAAUGUUUGUAGAUGGUCUCACAUAAGUGUUGACUUGAAGCUACAAUUCAUAACAUUAGAACUUUACUCAAUAAGAGUACUAAUGUUGACAUGUUGUGCUUGACAUCCUUUUCCCUCUUCCUUUCAAUGCUGGCCUCAAGAAACCAUGACAAAACAACAUUGGAAGGGAGAAAGGCAGGCACAUGUACCAGAGCAGUGUGAGCCACGAUAGGUGUCCUUGAUUGCAGUUACAUAGAGUGGUUUUCGUUUGAGUGUCGUAAAACCAAAACCAAAGUAAUUACUCUGGCCAAUCACAUAGGACACAGACAAUACAUUGAACCAAUCAAAACUCGAAGUAAUUACAUGCGGCUGACGCAAAGCGCGGGAAAAUGCAUGCGAGCGCGUCACAAUUGGCUUUGGUUUUACUUCUGAUUGGAUGAAAAGGUGGCGCGAAUCUUUUAAGCCAAUCGCAUCGUGUAGAAAGUGCAAAACCAAUUACUUUUCGACACUCAAAUGAAAACCGCUCUAAUAUUAAAACUGAUGCAGUGACAAACUGUAUUUAUUUUUACAAUGAAUGUUGUAAACAUCUGUUUUGAAAAUAUUCACUAAUACAAUAUAUUAUUAAUCAUAACUAUAGCAAAAUUCUUAAAUCUGAUUGGC